CGUUCGGGGAAGGUGGGGGCAAUCAUGGUGCCGCUGGGGAGGGGAGAAGCUGCUGCCGCCGCCGCUGUUGCCGGGAGCCGCGGAGACAGGUCACUACCUUUCCAUUUCUCACAAUUGGGCUGAGCACAAUUGAACCAUGGGGGAACACAGUCCAGACGACAGCAUCAGCUACUUUGAGGCAGAGGAAGAUGAGCUGACCCCCGAUGACAAGAUGCUCAGGUUUGUGGAUAAGAACGGACUGGUGCCUUCCUCAUCUGGAACUGUUUAUGAUAGGACAACUGUUCUCAUUGAGCAGGACCCUGGCACUUUGGAGGAUGACGAUGACGAUGGACAGUGUGGAGAACACUUGCCUUUUCUAGUAGGGGGUGAAGAGGGCUUUCACUUAAUAGAUCAUGAAGCAAUGUCCCAGGGUUACGUGCAACACAUCAUUUCACCAGAUCAGAUUCAUUUAACAAUAAACCCUGGUUCCACGCCCAUGCCAAGAAAUAUCGAAGGUGCAACCCUCACUCUGCAGUCGGAAUGUCCAGAAACGAAACGCAAAGAAGUAAAGCGGUACCAGUGCACCUUUGAGGGCUGUCCCCGCACCUACAGCACAGCAGGCAACCUGCGCACCCACCAGAAGACUCACCGGGGAGAGUACACCUUUGUCUGUAAUCAGGAGGGCUGCGGCAAGGCCUUCCUCACCUCCUACAGCCUCAGGAUCCACGUGCGAGUGCACACGAAGGAGAAGCCAUUUGAGUGUGACGUGCAGGGCUGUGAGAAGGCGUUCAACACGCUGUACAGGCUGAAAGCACACCAGAGGCUUCACACAGGGAAGACGUUUAACUGUGAAUCUGAAGGCUGCAGCAAGUACUUCACGACACUCAGUGAUCUGAGGAAGCACAUUCGAACCCAUACAGGAGAAAAGCCAUUUCGGUGUGAUCACGAUGGCUGUGGAAAAGCAUUUGCAGCAAGCCACCACCUGAAAACUCAUGUCCGUACGCAUACUGGUGAAAGACCUUUUUUCUGCCCCAGUAAUGGCUGUGAGAAAACAUUCAGCACCCAGUACAGUCUCAAAAGUCACAUGAAAGGUCACGAUAACAAAGGACACUCAUACAGCGCGCUUCUGAAUCACAAUGGAUCAGAGGAUACAAAUCAUUCACUUUGUCUGAGGAAUUUAAGCCUUCUGUCUACAGAUUCUGAAUUUCAAGAAAAUUCCAAUACAGGUCAGAAUCUCAGCACCCUUUCACCAACAAUCCUUUUCGGACCCAUGUUCCAGAAGCCAGAAGAUACAGCGAUUCAGGAAGAUCCUCAACAGACAGCUGCCUUGAUUGAAAGUUUUAAUGGUAAUGCAGAGUCAGUCAGUGACGUGCCGCCAUCCUCAAGACAUUCAGCAUCUCUAUCUCUUCCACUUGUACUGCAGCCUGGCCUCUCCGAGCCACCCCAGCCUCUACUGCCAGCCUCAGCACCGUCUGCUCCUCUGCCUGCUCCCUCCCUAGGAACCGGUUCCCAGCAAGCUACAUUUGGCAACCCCCCUGCUCUCUUACAACCUCCAGAAGUGCCUGUUCCCCACAGCACACAGUUUGCUGCUAAUCAUCAAGAGUUUCUUCCGCACCCCCAGGCACCGCAGCCUGGACUCUCUGUACCAGGACUUUCUGUUGUUGCUGGGGCUCUGGCAUCAGCCAUGGCAGCACCGCCCCAACCACAAAGUACUACUGAGCCCCUGCCGGCCAUGGUCCAGACUCUGCCCCUGGAUGCUAACUCUGUCCUAAGUAGUAAUCCCACUAUCACCAUCACCCCGACUCCCAGCACGGCUAUCCUGCAGCCCAGCCUAGUCAUGGGAGAACAGAACUUACAGUGGAUAUUAAAUGGUGCCACCAGCUCACCACAAACCCAAGAACAAAUACAGCAAGCAUCUAAAGUUGAGAAGGUGUUUUUUACCACUGCUGUACCAGUAGCCAGUAGCACAGGCAGCGCUGUACAGCAGAUUGGCCUCAGUGUUCCUGUGAUCAUCAUCAAACAAGAGGAGGCCUGUCAGUGUCAGUGUGCGUGCCGGGACUCUGCCAAGGAGCGGGCGGCCAGCAGGCGGAAGGGCUGUUCUUCCCCACCCCCUCCAGAGCUGAGCGCCCAGCCUCCUGAUGGGCCAGGCCUGAAGCUACCACCACAGACUUUUUCCCCACCCCCGAUCCCCCUGUCGUCAUCCUCCGCUGCAUCCUCCUCCUGUGAGCAAAGCAGACAAGCAGUGACUCCUUCAGACCCUCCGACAGAAACGUUACGUGCCAUGGAUAUGUCCGAGUUUCUGUCUCUCCAGAGCCUGGACACCCCAUCCAACCUGAUUCCCAUUGAAGCACUACUGCAGGAAGAGGAGGAGAUGGGCCUGACCAGCAGCUUCUCCAAGUGAAAGGCCCGAAUGUGCUCCCCUCCAGGAACAGAGGCCAAGCAGGAAGCAGAGGUGCGGUGCCUGUCCUCAUGGGGUCAGCAGUUUGAAGGAUGAAGAAAUCUACUGUUUGAAAUCCUCACCUUUCAGACCUGUUUUCUUUAUUCAUAUGUCAGGAGCAUCCAUUUUUAAGGAACUGAUCUUUGGAAAAAACAAAAAAACAAACAAAAAAAACAAAACAAAAAAAAGCUAAGUUAUAAAUGAACUGUUUGGCUGCACUGUAUGUCACUUUUGCUUAUUGUCAUGUGAACUUGGAAAUUAAGGUUACUCGUGUGCAUAAAAAUUCUAAAUGAAAGGGUGUGGUUUCCAUCAAUCUGAUGCUGCCCAUCACUUGCACUGGGGUCUUUGUGGUCUGGGCAGUAGAGUUCGGCGUGUUGGGUGUUGCUCCUCCCCAUGCGUCUUUUGAGUCUGAGGCCGAAGCUUGCUUGGAAGGCCAGACCCUCGCUCCGUCAGAGAAGGAAGUGGCAAAGCCAGGUCAGACAGCCGUGAGCUGGACAGGGAUCGGGUGAGCUGGUUUUGUUGUCUGUGCUUGGUGUGGUGGAGCUCAGGGCGACUGUGGCAGGUGUCAUCCUGCAGCCAGCUACAGCACAAACAGGCAGCUAAAAGGCUGGCCUGAGGCCUAGGGGACAGCCUGCUUCCAUCAGGGCCCUAGGCAAGUCGUUGAUAGCUCCUGUCGCUGACUGGUGCCUGUGCAGAGCAGGCUGUAGGAACGUGAUCAGUCUUUGCCUUCCCGGCAUAUUCUCUCUCUCUCUCUCUCUCUCUCCUCUCUCUCUCUCUCCCUCUCUCUCUUUCUCUCUCUCUCUCUCUCUCUCUCUCUCGGUUGCCAGGGCUUGCAGAUCACAGUGAGUUUUUCUUGGGGAACAUCCCUGCUUUGUCCUGGAGUGGACGGGCAGUUUGUGGCAGUUGCUGGUCAGCGGUCUGCCUUUUCUGAAUGGUAUCUUCUUCCUCAGAGCAGAAGAGCUGCAUUUUGCUCAUCAGGAGAAUGUGCGGCUUUCCAGGAGUUUUGUUCAGGCGGCAUGCCCUCGGCAGGCGGGUGGCCUGGUUUGGGGUUCCAGCCAGGCUUUUGGUUGCCCCCUCCCAUCUCUGCUCCUGACCCCUCUGGAUUUUGCAUACAGCCUAGUACAGUGCAAAGAAGGAUGUGACUUGCUCAGCUUAGUCAUAUGAUUUCUAAACAAAAAAAGGAAAAAAAGAAAAACAAAAACAAAACAAAAAAAAGCAAUGAUCUUCUACUCAGGGUAAAAUAAAAAAAAAAUUCCCCUUCCACCAAAAAGCCUGAAAUGUUGCAAUAAGUUAUCUCAUUUGGAAUGUUUCAUUAAGUUGUGUUAUAGGGAAAAAAAAUUUUUUUUGAUGAUUUGUGUAUAGAAUUAUAUCCAUCUGUCUGCCUUUGGCUCCCAGUUAUUGCCUCUAAAAUAAAACAUAAAAUACAGUCCACACUAAAAUGGAAAGUUUCUCUCAACUGGCUGUGUUAAUGUAGUCAGGAGUGCUCACCACGUGUACUGAGCUCAGAAACUAGGCAUGGCCUCUGCCUCCCAAGGGCCCCCUCCCUGCCUCAAGUGAGGAAAAGGGUUCUCACAGGCCUGCCCUUCUGAGUCAGUGAUGUCGGGCAGAAAGCAGCAGUAAUUUCGCCUUCCUUUCCUUCUCUCUAAGGUAAAGAGAUCUGCAUUUGUCACUCUCCUGUCCUCUGAGCCAUUACUCAGGACCAGCCAAGACAGUAUCUAGCAUAGAUCAUUUUCCUGGGAGCCAGAGGCCCUGCCUUUUACAGGAUUUCAGGGACAGAUUCAGACAAGAGGGCGAUGGUGGUAAAUGUCACUGCCAUGAGGAGUUGCUUAAAUACAAGCCGGUGGUGUCUCAGGAGUCUAGUGGGGAGAAUCAGUUUCUUUUUGACCCUCUGCCUUCCCUUGUCUGAAAGGCUGGUGGGUUCUUGUGACCACUGACCUCAGCAGAAAUUGAUAAGGCAGGAGGAAACUUCUAUUACCACAGUGGGUCCGUCUUCCUGGAAAACCAGCUGCUGGGUGUGGGUUGUCCUGGGCUGUCUGUGAGCCUUGCACCCAUAGGAAGCUUGGCAGUAGGACCCUGGCUGUUUUCUCUACACGUUGUGAGAGAGAGAGCAGCAUGGAGGGGGUCCCAGAUGACCUCCCCACGUGCCCAUUCUAGGCUGACCUGAGAGGCGGGUCCCUGGGAGCUGAGGUAGAAAAACAGGAGCCCAGGGAAGGCCAUUGGAAGCACCCAUGGUUUAAACACUGCUUCCUUCUGGUUAGCCUUGGCUGUGCUCCUGUUGGGCCUGUGGCUUUUCUGCUCUGCAGAGAUGGAGAGUGAUGAAGAAACAGGCUUUAGGCGGACAGAUUUUUCUAGUUGAAGUAUCUGCCUUUUUGAGGGUGACUGGAGAUGACCAGCGGGACUGUCAGAUUAAGCAGCUUUUGAAAAAUCAGGAAUGUGCUUAAAAUGCUCGUGAGUGGUUGUGAAGCGCAGGUUUACUCUACAGGGUAGGCAGUCUUUCCUUUCCUUCCUGUUCUAGCCCCUCCCCGCCCCUCCCCCUUCUAUCAGCCUGGCCUCUGGUGCCAAGGACCUUGGAGAAGAAAGGGCAGCAGGCUAAAGUGGAGCCACAGAGAGCCUUCAUAGAGAGUGGUUUCCAAACCCAGCAAUGACCCUAGGGUGGUUAGGGAAGGUUGGCGGGCUCCUGGCAGGUGAAGUCAGGCCUUUUUCCUUUUGAUGGUGACCUUAAUCAUUUUCACCCUGUAGGUUGAGACUUCCGGCUCCCACCAGCAUCUCCAGCUAUACUGCCCCUUUACAGGGUGCUAGUCAGCACGAGGAAUUGGAGUUCAUGGGCUUGGGAGGUGGCAGGAAGCUUUGGCUGGCACCGCCAAACUGCCUUAGUGAAUUUGGCCCUUCCCAGGCAGGUGGGCGAGGCACGGAGGGCAAGUGGCCCUGCCUUUCCUGGCAGCCUGGCCAACCUCGUGGGGGCAUCACUAGUUUGAUGACAGGAAGCGGUAUUAUUCAUUGAAUUCCUUCCACCCCACCCUGGCCCCCCUUAAGAAGGAGCUCAUGGUGCAAAGCCCAGGAGGGGCCUUACAGUGUGAAGACCUCUCUGGGUAGAAGCAAGGGACUCCUCUACCACCUCUGGGAGAGUCAGUAGUUUGGAGACUUUUACCUUCAGGGCCAAGGCAGCAGACUGAUGGGGAGAAUGGAGGGUGGGUGGGUUUUCCUGAGAGACUUUGUAUAAUGCUGAAUGUGUCCAAAGGGACGAGUUUGCGGAACCUCAUGUUGGUAUAUUAAAGAAAUAAUAAAAUAAAAAAGCACUUUAGGUUAUUUUAUCUUUAACCCAAUUGCUGCAAUUUCUUUUGUGUGUGUGUGUAUAUAUAUGUAUGUACGUAUGUGUAUAUAUACAUAUAUAUACUUUCCAUAAAGUUUUAUUUUUUGCUCAGAAAAAAAAAAAGUUAAAUUGAGAUGUUAAAAGAAAAGCACUUACCUUGGUGCAAUAUGUGUAGCUUGACGGUCGUUGUCCCAUGUGGCCCUGGCCUGGCGGCGUUUUUCCACUCCAUCAGCCCUGUUCUAGGAGGCUGUCCACAGGGAAACACUAUUAUGCAUUCUCAGCAACUGCUCAAUCUAUGCAAGCCUUCCCUGUGUGUCCAAGGGCGCCCCCUCAGGCUCUCUGAAGAACUGCUGCGGGUCCUGUUUUCUUCUGCUGACUGUUGAGGCCCUUUUUCAUCACUUCUUGGUCCUUUGCCAUCUUUCCCCUCUUCACCGUUACAAAGUGAUGCCCGAAAGGAUGAAACAGGUUGUUCCUAGGUAGACACCUGGCACCUUCUAGACUUUUAUAUUUGUAAUCACAUCCAUUUGUCCUUAAUCCUGUCUCCAAAGUCACUAAAACCGUUGAUUUGUGGAGCUGCGACAAUAUUGCUAGUGAGUUUACAAUGUUCCUACACCACCAAUCAGAAAUAUGUCUGGGGGAAGUGGUGGUGGUCGUGGGGGCUGGGCAUUGUGAGCCAUUUCCAUACUGCACCCCCUACGGCUCGUGCUAUCUCUUUAAGCAAAAUGGUCUUCAGCCCUCAUUGAAUCCAGUAAACAAAUCUGUUAAUAAUCGGCUUUAUCAACUUUCUUUCUUCCCCUUGCCCCACUCCACUUUACCUUCAAAUCUCAGGCUACUAAAGAAUGGUUUUAAAAUAUGCUUCAGCCAAAGCAGAAAGAUGUCCAUAGACCCAGUAUGCAAAUAAUUCUGCUGUGACAUAGAUUGGAAAUUGUCCACUCCUAAAUUCUGGGGAGGGAAGAGGCAACAGAACUCAAUUAUGCAUAUUUCUGAUUGGUCGUCAUUUUUAGCCUGUUUUCUCUUGCAAAUUUUGGGGGUGAGGGAAAGCGUCCCACGUUUCUUCUCAUGCCCUUUGGGGAAGCUGACCACUGGGCAUUUCUGUUACUCCUAUUCGAGAGGGCUUCUCAGUCUGCACUGAAAAAUGCAAAUUAAACUGGAUCUUUAUGUCAAUGUGUAUAUAGUACAAGCUUUUUUUACUGGAAGCAAUGUUUAAAACCACAUGCUGCCCUUUUGGUGGUGUGCCUGCUGGGCCCAAAAUGGGGUGAUGAUGUCAUGUCACUUUCUCAGCUCAAUGCAGUUUCUACUCUUUUUCUUAUGGGGAAACUUUUCAUAAAACCUGUUUUUCACCAAUACCCAGGGGUCUUUUCUGCAAUAUCCUUGUUAUCCUCAUAGUGGUGCCAAGUCAGAGGGGCCUCUCUUGCCCUUUUCCUGUGUCCUCAGGCCUCCCAAGGGCGCUGUUUAAUUCAACAGUCUACAUAUAUCCUUUGUUGUGUUUUGGAGAAUGUGGGGGUGAGAGUUGGAGUUCAAGGUGUCUUUUCCCUGUGAAUUCCUAGUCCCUGUUUGGGGGAGGUGGCUGGAAACAGGUUUUUGAUGAAUCUCUGGCUCAUCUUCUGUCCAGGAGAGACAAGACCCACGAGAGCCUUCUUUUUUUGACACACACUAAGUCAUUGGCCAGAGGUCUUCGUGACAAUUUUUUUUUUAACCCCAAAUAGUUUUAUUUGGAUUAUGUAAAAGCCUAUCAAAUUUAUUUAAGUGUGAAACAUGGGAACAAUGGACUUCCACUGAGCGAUGUGAAAACGUUACAGGUUCAGUACUUCCAAAGGAAGAAACCUCCAAACCCAAAAAGAAUUUGUAUUUUUGAAGAAUGUGAAAUAAUGGUGUUUGCUUAAUUGCUCAUUUUGUAAAAACUUAAUAUUGUACUUUAAAAUAUCUGCUAAGAAGUGAAAAUUUAACUUUUUGGAAUUGAAAAAGCAAUAUUAAAUACUAAUGAAAUCCUAAUUAAAUGCUUAUUUAAA